CCCCCCAUGUGUGUUGGCCUAUUAUCUGCCAGUUCUGCCCCUUCUUUCCAGCUUUGCUCCCACUCCAGUCUGAAGACGGGUCCCAACCAGAAACAUCACCUAUCCAUGUUCUCCAGACUUGCUGCCUGACCCACUGAUCUACCCCAGCACUUGUGACUUCUCCCGAGGACCUGGAUGCUAUACUGAAAAAAAAUCCAGAGACCCCCGUCACGAGGUGAAGGAUAGCAAAUGCCAUAACCCAAUAAAUACUCCGAACAAUUACAUCAUUCACCAGCCAGCAAUUUCUCAAAGCACCAGGCUGAUACCAAUUGGCAUCUUUUCUGCCAGAAAUGUAAGGUAGUCUAAGCGUGGAGGUAGCAGGAGCCUUCCGGAGGGAAAGGGGUAUGACAGUAUUUUCAUACAUCUUUGGAGAUGCUGAUAGAUGUUUGCGUUAAGUCAGCCAUUGCCGGACCCACUCAAGCAAAGGCUUGUAAAGAGUAGAGGCGAUGUGAUUCUUGCAUUUAAUCUGUCCCAUGUCCUCCUCACUGCUUUGAUUUUAUUUACCGACUUCCUGCCCAUGUUCUCACAUUGUGCUUUCUCCUUCCGAACGACCAAGUACUCACACAAUGUCAUGCAAUGAUAGUAACAGGAAGAGUAGAAGUGGUGUGAAGGUGAGGAAACACUGCCACUUCAGUUCAGUUCAUUGAAACAUAGAAAAUAAGUGCAGGAGUAGGCCCUUCGGCCCUUUGAACUAGCACCACCAUUCAACAUGAUCAUGGCUGAUCAUCCGAAACCAGUUCCCCAUUCCUGUUUUUUCCCCCAUAUCCCUUAAUUUUGUUAGCCCUAAGGGCUAAAUCUACCUCUCUCUUGAAAACAUCCAGUGAAUCAGUUCAGUUUAGUAUAUUGUCAUGUGUACCGAGGUACAGUGAAAAGCUUUUUGUUGCAUGAUAACCAGUCAGUAGAAAGCCAAUACAUGAUGACAAUCAAUCCAUUUAGGGUUCAUAGAUACAUGAUAAGGGAAUAACGAUUAGUGCAAGGCAAAGCCAGCAAAUAAUUUCAAUAGAGUAUUUGAGUCAUACAGCAUGGAAACAGGUGCUUUGGCCCAACUUGCUCACACUGUUCAAUAUUCCCUAUCUACACUAGUUCCACCUCCCUGUUUGGCCCCUAUCCCUGCAAACCUAUCCUAUCCAAAUGUUUUUUAAAUGUUGCGAUAAUACCUGCCAAGGUACACGCUAAAUCUCCUCAAAUUUCUGAGGAAGUAUAAAUGUUGGGAGAAGCUCAGACUGUAAACACCAAUGUUCAAUGUACUUGCAAGGAAUCUCUACGUUCUGGUGGUCUGUUUUCUCUCAGGGUGACUGAGGAGCUGUCUCAGGUAAAAAAACAAGGAGACUGAUAGUCACAGAAUGCUGGAGUAAAUCAGCAGGUCGGGCAGCAUCUCUGGAGAAAAGGAAUAGGUGACGUUUCCGAUCGGACCCCCACACCCCCCUCUCUACCCCCACACACCUUUAUCUUUCAGUCUGAUGAAGGUUUCCAACCCAAAAUAUCACUUGUUCCUUUUCUCCAGAGAUUCUGAGACCUGCUGAGUUAUUCCAGCAUUUCGUGUCUAUCUUCGGUAUGAACCAGCAACUGCAGGCCCUUCCUACCCAAGUAAAUAAUACUUGCUUUGUAGAGCAAAUAUCUGUUGCUCAGGUUGGUGACAUUCAUGAUCUCCCCCGCCCCGGCCCUACCCUCCGCUGCCAACUCCACCAGGAUAGUUGACAACCAACCAGCUCAGACUGCUGCUAUUCAUGCCCAAAUGGUACAGAUUGAAUCUGUAGCUAUCUGUAGUUUGAUGUAGUGAAUCAAUGGCCUCUGUUGCAAUGGGCUGCGAUAGUGAAGGCCUCACAGUUGCUGUCACUGUGAGGCCUAUUCUUCCCCUUUGCCUGCAUUAAGCCUGCAUCCCUCUAUGCUUUUCCUGUGCAAGUACAUGUUCUUUUAAUGCCUUUUAAACAUUGGAAACGUAUCUGCCUCUCACUGUUUCACACAAGCAGCUUGUUCCAGAUUACCAUUGAUGUCUUUGUGAAAAAAGUUACCCUUUAGGUCUGCUUUAAAUUUCUCCACUCUCACAUUAAACCUAUGCUCUCCAAACUCUAGAUUCCCCCUUUGUAGCUGUUAUAGGUUGGAAGUCACUCUGAGACAUCUGUGCUUAAAAUAUCAGUAGUUUUCUGCAGUCCCUGUAGUUGAGCAGUCAACUCUCUGUGGGAAUUUACUCUGUUGAGGUCUGUUGUUUUUGUUAUUUUUGUACUGCAGUCUCUUUUUCCACGAAAGCCUUAUUAAACAUGCAUCCGCCUUCUGCUCUGGUCCUUGAGUGGACAUUUCAACCUAGUAACUAAAACCUGAAGCUGGAAGGAUACUGGAAUGGAAGUAAAGAAGUGGUUGAUCACUUAUUUGGCUCGUAUUUCCAGGACCUGUGCUGCACUUUAUGAAUCGAAUAUUUUGUAAUGCGACAAGGAAUAUAGUGAUUUUCUGAGUGCUUGCUGACAUCAGACUUCUUGGCACAUGUCAAACUGUAGAUGAGUCAGACUUUCCUGCAAUUGAACAUGGAGAUGAUCAAAGCUGUAUUACUUGGCAUCUGUCUAAAAUCACAUACCCAUGACUCUUAUUCAUUCGUCCCUACAGUUGCUCCUGCCAGCUGAAACAGAUGGCUCACAAUCAACUAUACUUCGAAUCCAACAUGUUAUUCAUCACCAAAACGACCUACUUUAUCCUGAAAUGUAUUUCAACUGAAGUUAUCCAGUUUAGUUAGUUUAGUGUUGUUCAAAUGGUGCGCGCAUUGCUGGGAAAACUCUCGCAUAGUUUUCAUUCCUAGGUGUCAGUUCUACAGCUCUGCUGAUGUAGAGAAGCCCAAAGUCUGACAAUGCUUUUAGAUAGGAAUUUCACAAGUCUGACCCAGCAACAGUAUUGCGAUGAUCCAUGUCAAAGUUGUCAGCGAUAUGUGAUUUGUAUCUACUGCCUCCUGGGAUAGAGAAUUGCACCGAUUAGCAUAGUUUAGUGUAGUUUAUUAUUGUCACGAUACAAGCUGAGUGUACAUCUGACUGAAGACAUUUCUUCUCACCUUGGUCCUAACUGGUUGGUUCUUUUUCGUGAGACUAUAGUUUCCAAUGAGAGGAAACAACGACAUAAUCUACCCAGUUAAACACAUUUGGAAUCGGCUAUCAGAACAUCAGUCUUCCAUCCAAGCAAAGGAUCAAAGUGGAUUUAAUUUGUGACUGAAAUCUUGGAAAUCAGCAGGUCUGAAGAAAACAGAAUAGCUGAGAUUUCAUCAUGAAAAGAGCAGAUAGCAUUGUUGCUGCCAACAGUGAGCGGAGCACAGACGAGAUGUGGGAGCCUGCUAAUUUGGAGUUGGAUGCACUUAGUUCAUCAAUGGAACCAUAUCUUGUACGAAGGCUAUCAUUUCAUGCUCUGCAACUUCCACCACUAGCCUUCAGAGUGGCUGAACAAUAUGACCUAGAAAAAAAAUCAGAAUCAGAACACGUACCAAGACCAACAACUCUUCCAUUGAAGACUCUUCCUUUGAUUGCCAUCACUGCUGCAGACAACACAAGGGCCAAUGUGGACUUGAUUCACCAUUCAUCUUUCAGAGUGCCAUUGAGCCAAGUGAUUAUGAGACUAUGAUGAACAAUAGUGCUUCCCUACUUCAGAUACAGAAUAUUUAUUAUACAUGAAUCUCUUCAGCCUUGCAAAAGAUGCCUCUCCUUCAUGGUCGGGAAGAUUUGAGUUAUUAUCUCUUGUAUUGCAUUGAUUUCGGAAGAUCCUUCAAAUCUCCAACCUAUCAUUUACCUUCUACAUUUGAAUGAGGGGACACCAUAACAAUAAAACAUAAAACUGGACAAUGCAUUUGCAUAUCUCAAGUUUAGUUUAAAGAUACAGCAUGGAAAAAGGUUCUUCAGCCCACCCGAGUCAGCACCAACUAGUAAUCCCUGAAUACUGACACUAUCCUUCACACACUAGGGACAAUUUACAAUUUUACAAAGCCAAUUAACCUAAUAACCUGUACAGCUUUGGACUGUGGGAUGAAACAGGAGCACCACGAGAAAACCCAUGCAGGUCACAGGAAGAAUGUACAAACAGCACCCGUAGUCAGGAUCGAAUCCGGGUCACUGGCUCUGUAAGGCAGCAACUCUACCAUUACGCCCCUCUGGAAUAAUUGUCUCCAGAAUAAUUUCAUAGAUUCCAAGUGGAUUAACAUUAAAAACAUUUUAAGUAAUGUAAUAAUUUGUAAUAUCAUAUUUACAUCUUAUAAUAAUAAAUCAGACUGGUGCUCUACUUUUGUGAGUGCC